CAUGAACAUGAUACGCCUCCAGUCUGGCAUUUCCUGCGUGCUAAUCACCCAACAACUCAACAAGAAGAAAACAAACAGCUUUCCACAGGAGGACAACCUCAAAAACCCUCGCUCACGAGCUCGCCGCCUCCGCCCCCGCCCCCGCCGCCGCCGGCAAUGGAGGGCGUCCACAGCCUCCUCGCCCGGCCCAACUCCGCGCCGUUCGCCUUCUCCCUCCAGCCGGCCACGCACCGGCGCCCCAAGCCGCCGCCGCCGGCCCCCGUCGCCUGCCGCGCCGCCAGCCGCUGGGCCGACCGCCUCUUCGCCGACUUCCACCUCCUCCCCACCGCCGCCGCCGACCCGCCGGCCGCGGCCUCCCCCUCCUCGUCCCCGUCCGUCCCGUUCUUCCCCGACACCGCCGACCGCGCCUUGCCCCUCCCUGUCGACUUCUACAAGAUUCUCGGAGCGGAGCCACAUUUUCUUGGUGAUGGCAUUCGGAGGGCCUUUGAGGCGCGGAUAGCCAAGCCACCACAGUAUGGCUACAGCACAGAAGCUCUUCUUGGGCGUCGGCAAAUGCUGCAGCUUGCCCAUGAUACUCUGACAAACCAGAGCUCCCGUACUGAGUACGAUCGUGCACUUUCUGAGGACCGUGAUGCAACACUCACCAUGGAUGUUGCCUGGGAUAAGGUUCCAGGGGUGCUGUGUGUACUUCAGGAGGCUGGGGAGGCACAGCUAGUUCUUGCAACAGGAGAGCAGUUGCUUCAGGGCCGUCCACCAAAGCGGUUCAAGCAGGAUGUGGUGCUAGCAAUGGCACUGGCUUAUGUGGACCUAUCAAGGGACGCGAUGGCUGCAAGCCCUCCAGAUGUAAUCCGCUGCUGUGAGGUGCUCGAGAGGGCGCUCAAGCUUCUGCAGGAGGAUGGUGCAAGCAAUCUUGCACCCGAUCUGCUAUCACAGAUUGAUGAAACUUUGGAGGAAAUUACACCUCGUUGUGUAUUGGAGCUACUUGCUCUUCCUAUUGAUGAGAAACAUAAAAAUAAACGCCAAGAAGGUCUGCAAGGUGCAAGAAACAUAUUGUGGAGUGUUGGCAGAGGCGGUAUUGCUACUGUUGGAGGAGGAUUUUCUCGUGAGGCCUUCAUGAAUGAGGCCUUUUUGCGGAUGACAUCAGCUGAGCAGAUGGAUUUCUUCUCUAAAACACCUAAUAGCAUACCACCAGAAUGGUUUGAAAUCUAUAGCGUGGCACUUGCACAUAUUGCUCAAGCAAUUGCAAGUAAAAGGCCACAAUUCAUCAUGAUGGCAGAUGAUCUUUUUGAACAACUUCAGAAGUUCAAUAUAGGUUCUCAAUAUCCUUAUGAAAAUGAGAUGGACCUUGCGUUGGAACGGGCACUCUGCUCGUUACUAGUGGGAGAUAUUAGCAAUUGCAGAAUGUGGCUUGGAAUUGAUAAUGAAUCCUGGCCAUAUAGAGACCCCAAAAUUAUUGAGUUUGUGGUGAAUAACUCUAGCAUUGAUGAAGAGAAUGAUCUUCUUCCAGGGCUAUGCAAGCUUUUGGAGAGUUGGCUUGUCUCUGAGGUUUUCCCAAGGAGCAGAGAUACUCGUGGGAUGCAAUUCAGACUUGGAGACUAUUAUGAUGACCCAAAAGUUUUAAGCUACCUAGAAAGGAUGGAAGGUGGUGGGGCUUCUCAUUUGGCUGCAGCUGCUGCUAUAGCAAAACUUAGUGCUCAAGCUACAGCUGUGCUUGGUACGGUAAAAUCAAGUGCUCUUCAAGCAUUCAGCAAGGUUUUCCCAUUGAUAGAACAGCUAGACAGAUCAGACAAAGGAAAUCCUAGCGAUGAUCUUGAGAAAUCUCCUGAAAAGCUUGCCCCACAAAAUGUUACUGGAGAUGACAUCAAUGAUUCCAGAAAUGCUGCUUUGAAGAUUAUCUCUGCUGGUGCAUUGUUUGCACUAUUUGCAGUAAUAGGCCUGAAGUGCUUGCCUCGUAAGAAGUCACUUCCUUCUAUUAGGAAUGAGCAUGGGUCUGUAGCAGUUGCUGACUCCAUUGGUGGUCCAGCAGCAGAUGAAGAACCACUAGAAAUACCUAGAAUGGACGCAAAGUUGGCUGAAGAUAUUGUUCGCAAGUGGCAGAGUAUCAAGUCAAAGGCUUUGGGUCCAGAACACUCUGCUGCAGUAUUGCAAGAGGUUCUUGACGGCAAUAUGCUGAAGGUAUGGACUGACCGAGCUACAGAGAUUGACCGCCAUGGCUGGUUCUGGGAGUACACACUGUCCGACGUGACAAUUGACAGUGUCACUGUCUCAGUGGACGGCCGGCGUGCAACAGUGGAGGCGACAAUCGAGGAGGUUGGCCAGCUUACCGACGUAGCAGACCCUAAGAACAAUGAUUCAUACGACACAAAGUACACUACGCGCUAUGAGAUGGCCUACUCGAAAUCAGGAGGGUGGAGGAUAACCGAAGGAGCAGUCCUCAAGUCAUAGAACGGUGUGCUGUAGCUGUAGCUUAAUUCCCUUUCAGUUUUGCUGUAAAUACAACGGUUUCUUCUCAGUCCUAGAGAGCUUGAUUAGGUUGGUCAGAGAUGAGUUCCGCCAGUGGGACAAAGUUGUCGCGAAGGCAUAUGCUCUUCAUUUAGUUUGUAUUGGUUGAUAGUUUGGCAUAGACCCUUCGAUGUUUGAAGAAGUGGAUGGCAGACUUGCUGAUCAGGUUGUGUUA